AAAAUUUGCUUACUCUCACGGUCACACCACAGGGGCUGCGGGCUGCGGGCUGCGGAACAAGCAGCUAACACUACCAUCACUGCACUCCGCGAUCCUAAUUAUACAACCAAAAGAAGAAGAAGAGGAGCUCGCCAACUUCUCUUCUUCUUUUUCUUCUUUUUCUCUGAAUCCCCAGUUUCAUUCAAACAGUCGCAAAAGAUUCAUCAUGAAGGAAUCAAUCGAGCAGCAAUCCAACUCACCGGCGAAGAAAGCAGCGAUCCCGCCGUACAUGAAGGCGGUGUCGGGGUCGCUUGGCGGCAUCGUAGAGGCUUCUUGCUUGCAGCCGAUUGAUGUUAUUAAGACCAGGUUGCAGCUCGAUAGGACUGGCACCUACAAGGGAAUUAUCCACUGUGGGGCGACGGUCUCGCGAACUGAAGGCGUGCGGGCUUUGUGGAAGGGGUUGACUCCGUUCGCCACCCACUUGACUUUGAAAUAUGCGCUGCGCAUGGGAUCAAAUGCGGUACUGCAGACGGCGUUUAAGGACUCUGAGACCGGCAAGCUAAGCAAUCGAGGAAGAAUUCUCGCUGGGUUUGGUGCUGGGGUUCUUGAGGCUCUUGCUAUUGUUACGCCUUUUGAGGUGGUGAAAAUUAGACUACAGCAACAAAAAGGGUUGAGUCCUGAGCUCCUGAAGUACAAGGGUCCCAUACACUGUGCUCGUAUGAUCGUCCGUGAAGAAGGCUUGCUUGGGCUCUGGGCAGGCGCUGCUCCAACUGUUAUGCGCAAUGGGACAAACCAGGCAGCCAUGUUUACUGCAAAAAAUGCUUUUGAUGUAUUAUUGUGGAAGAAACAUGAAGGUGAUGGGAAAGUCCUCCAACCAUGGCAGUCCAUGAUAUCAGGAUUUCUAGCUGGAACAGCAGGUCCAGUGUGCACUGGGCCAUUUGAUGUGGUCAAAACAAGGCUAAUGGCUCAGAGUCGAGAGGGGGGCAAUCUGAAGUACAAAGGCAUGAUCCAUGCUAUCAGAACAAUAUAUGCUGAGGAAGGGCUUCUUGCCUUGUGGAAGGGACUGUUGCCCCGGCUGAUGAGAAUCCCACCUGGCCAGGCCAUAAUGUGGACUGUGGCUGACCAAAUUACUGGUCUCUAUGAGAGGAGAUAUAUACACAAUGCUCCCUUGUAGGUAAUGUUUACAUUGUUUUGCUUGUUCUGGUCUCUAGUCACCUAGCUAGGCCAUGACUGACUCAUGAGAGGAAGACAACUUUGGAGGUAUUUGUUUGCAUUGUUUUGCUUGUUCUGGUUUUAAAGUCCAUUGCAAGCGUGUAAUAAUAAAUUUCUUUAGUUUUUCUUCUUGAUUUGGUUGUUUAGAAGACACUGAAAUAUGAAAUGGAUAGCCGUAAUAAGCAAGAUUUCCUUAAA